CUGGACAUUCACCAGCAUUUGCUGGUGGAGCUCCUGCAUACAGGCCCUCUUGGGGUCAUCAAAUAUAUCUGGACAAUGACCUGGAAGUCCCUCAUGCCAUCAGUAACCAGACAUGAUGGAAUGUCUAGGUCCCUCACAGGAUCACCCAUGGCUCAAGCAGAGAUGCAACUUUGA